ACAACUCAGUGCAGCUCCAGACGUGAAAGAGCGAACAACAUUCCCUGCCCAGCAUACCCAGGGCUGGGUAUUAUCUAACCCUCUGGGGAUAAUUACGGGCGUCUUGAUGCAGGCUCAUUAGCGACGGGUGCCAAACCUCCCCUGCCCGAGUCCAUAUUGUUUCGUAACGGACUCUGCUUGUUGCGCGCAUGAGAGUGUACUACUGAAGAUAGAAUUCUAGUUCUAACAUCUCGUGCACUUGCUAAGCAGCACAUUUUCCUUGUCAUAAAGAGGAUAUAAACAUUAGAAUAUAAUACAAAGAAAACAGGACUGUGUAAAGUACAGGCAUUCUGAAAUGACCGAAACAAAGUAAGGAAAAAAGUGAGUCAAGAGCAGCGAAAAAAAAAGGUGAAUCACAAUGCAAAAAGAAGAAAUAACGGUCGAGACGAGAAACAAUAUGACGAACAGGGAAGGAAAUUUCGGGCCGGAGGUCGUCCACUAUCGCAGAACCGAGGAGAUCUACGUCGAGAUGGGCGAAAGAGGAAAAAUGAAGAAGGCGAAUUUGAGACUUUACAAAGAGAGCGAAAGCACAGAAGGAGACGACGGGACAGCAAAGGAAAAUUACACGAGUGGACAACCAAUCACUUUCGAGAAACUACUGGAAGUGUCGGGCACCAACGGCCGCUGGAAAAUACUUAUUAUCGUUCUCUGCGCAUUCUCUGGGUUCCCUGUCCCCAUGAACGCGAUGUCUUAUCAGUUUCUUGGAGCUACUCCUGAACACUGGUGCCACCUGGAACCGCUCACUGAUGCUAACUGGACAACUGAACAAAUUCUCUCUUUAGCCAUUCCAAAGAGAAAUGGCUCAUCCCAAUAUGACGGCUGCAACAUGUACGACUACAAUUACACGUCAGCUGCGGAGAUGGGAUACGAAAAAGCGAUGCUGAAUUUGGAACGACUCGGAAAUUCUGGGGACGUCAAAAUAGUCCCCUGUAGCAAGAGAGAUUUUAAUCAUUCAGAAGAGGAGAGUAGCGUCGUCACAGAGUGGGACUUGGUAUGCGACCGUAGGGUGCUAUAUUCGACGACCGCCUCGGUCAACCAAAUCGGGUUGCUGGUCGGCAACGGCAUCUUCGGCUACCUCAUCGACGCCAUCGGCAGGAGACGAUCCGUCCUUUGGAGCUCCUUCCUGACGGUGAUCCUGAACCUGAUGGCGGCCGGUUCCCCAACUCUGGAGACCUACAUCAUAUUUCGGUUCCUCAUACAGGCGACGGAGGCGGGAGUCUAUAUGUCUUGCUUCGUGCUGGCGAUGGAGCUCUGCUCAGUACACGAACGAACGCAUCUCGGGGGUCUUUUCCCCAUACCCUGGGCAUUGGGGUACAUGGCACUGCCCAGUAUCUGCCUCUUGGUCCAGAAAUGGAGGAAGCUGCAAGUUGCUCUUUCUGUGCCCGCCUUCUUUUUUCUUGCUUAUUUCUGGUUGUUACCGGAAUCCCCCAGAUGGUUGAUUCUCCGCGGAAAGUACGCGGAGGCUCUCAAAGUCUUGAAGUGGGCAGCAACUUUCAACAGGAAAUGGCUGCCACCUGACGGACAGCUUUAUAGCGCCAUGCAGGACAUCGAGUUCGAGGAAUCGCAUCUAAUAGAAAUCCAAGAGAAGAAAGAACCAAUGAGCUGUCUGGAGGAGAUCAAAGUCAUCUUGAGGCACUGCACCAUCGUGUUCCAAGUUCCCGGCGUGAGAGGAAGGGCGGGAAUGAUAUUUUUCGUUUGGACGUUUGGCACAAUGAUCUACUACGGUCUUGGCUUGAACGCCAAUAACCUCAGCGUAGAUCCAUACAUGUACAUCUUCCUCGGCGGAGUUAUGGAGAUCGUCGCCUACAUCUCCCUGUGGCUGAUUCUGAUGUACACAGGACGCCGCAACACUUUGGCCAUACUCUUCCUCGUGUGUUCGGUGUCUGUCUCAACCGUAGGGAUCCUCAUGUUCAACUCUCCUGGAGUGCCAACAAACGCCAUCAUUUCCCUGUCACUAUGCGGAAAACUGUCCAGCACUGCAUCGCAUCAUCUGAUCUGGCUGAUGACGGCUGAACUAUUCCCUACGAAGUACCGUCCGCUCGUCAUAGGCCAAGCAGGAGUCUUCGGUAGAGCUGGCAGUACUUGCUCCACUUACAUCAAUGACAUUCUCGGAAGAGCAGCCAUCUGGGCGCCAUCGGCACUAUUCGGCGUGGCUUCUUUGACAUCAGCCAUAUUAGCCAUCUUCCUCCCAGAAACGAAGGACACGCACCUCCAGGAGACCAAUAAGUUUCACAAAUAAGCGGUAAGAGGUUGAUGACGUCAUUGGAAAGGCUGUAACUAUGCCACUGAAAGAUUUCAUCUUCGAGACGCGCGACUGAGGUACGACGAUUUCGAAGUUUCAAGUACGAAAAUUUCAGCUUCGAGACGCGUGACUGACUGAGGUACGACGACUGCGAAGUUUACAGUACGAAAAUUUCACAUUCGAGACGUGUGACUGAGAUACGACGACUGCGAAGUUUAUAGUACGAAGAUUUCAUCUUCAAGACGUGUGACUGAGAUACGACGACUGCGAAAUUUCAAGUACGGAAAUUUCGUCUUCGAGACGUGUGACUGACCUAGAUACGACGAUUGCAAAGUUUAUAGUACGAAAAUUUCAUUUUCAUUUUCGGGAUGUAGGACUGACUGAGGUACGACGACUGCGAAAUUUCAAGUACGGAAAUUUCAUCUUCGAGACGUGUGACUGACUUAGGUACGACGAUUGCGAAGUUUAUAGUACGAAAAUUUCAUUUUCGAGACGCGUGACUGAGGUAGGACGACUGCAAAAUUUAAAGUUCCCUGAAGGACUCGUUAAAUCCCUUAAUCACUAGGAAUGAUAAAAGUUGAAAACGAUGGGAAUAGGCGGUUUAUUGAACAUCAAGUAUAAUGAAAAAAUAUAUAUACUGAUAGUCUCGUUUGGGCAACUACAGACAAAUACUAACAUUGAAAUACGUAGAUUAUCUGUAAAAUGGACACGCUAGCAAUAUUUACGUCAACCCGAACGGUAGGAUAAAAUUAUAUUUGUUAAUUGUUUGCUAAAUCUAAGUCAACUUUGAUAAAAUACUGCGUGUAAUAUUGUUAAACUGUAAAA